AUGGCAUGCCCUACUUGCAAUAAGGAUGCACUGUCACAAAAGGUAAGAAGUAAAAUUUGUUACAUGGGUCAUCGUCGGUAUCUUAAACCUAGCCACGCAUGGAGAAGAAGCAUGCAGUUUGAUGGGAAGGUAGAAAAAAGAUUGAAACCAAAAGAGCUCUUAGGAGAUGAUGUCUUACAACAAUUGGAUCUACUCAGUACUUAUAGACCAGGAAAACACUCAUAUAAUAAGAAAAAAAAGCGUCUUCCUAUAGUGUUGAAUUGGGUGAGGAAAAAUAUUUUCUUUGAGUUACCAUACUGGAAGAGCUUGAAGUUGCGGCACAAUUUAGAUGUCAUGCACAUAGAAAAAAACAUUUGUGAGAGUAUUUUAGGGACAUUACUGAAUAUUGACAGGAAAACUAGAGACACAGAGAAAGCAAGAGAAGAUCUUAAGGAUAUGAACAUAAGAAAGGAACUAUGGUUGCAGCAUGAUGAUUCUAGUUAUACAAUGCCAUAUGCUUGUUAUAACAUGUCAGAAAAAGAGAAAAGAGAAUUUGGGGAAUUUUUGAAAUAUGCUAAAUUUCGUGAUGGUUAUGCUUCAAAUAUCUCAAGGUGUGUAAGUACAGAUGGUGUUAAGUUAGCUAAACUCAAAAGUCAUGAUUAUCAUGUUUUGCUACAACAAUUGCUACCUAUAGCUAUUCGUGGAUUUGGAAAUAAAGAUGUCUCUUUAGCAUUGAUUGAGUUAGGUCAUUUCUUUCAACGGUUGUGUUGUAAGACAUUGAAACGAGAUGACUUAGAACAACUUGAAAGGGAUAUAGUUAUUAUAUUAUGUAAGCUUGACAUGAUCUUUCCACCUGCUUUUUUUGAUAUUAUGGUACAUUUGGUUGUACAUUUACCACGAGAAGCUAUGUAUGGGGGACCAGUCCAGUAUCAUUGGAUGUACAAAAUUGAGAGAUUUUUGUGUAAGCUUAAGCGUUAUGUGCUAAACAAGGCGCGACCAGAAGGUUCUAUUGCAGAAGGUUAUAUUAUUGAUGAAUGUUUGACAUUUUGCUCUAUGUAUCUUACUAACAUUGAGACUAGAUUUAAUCGUGAAGAUCGAAAUGCUGAUGGAUCUAGCAACAAAGAGGAACAUGUUCUGGACAUAUUUUCUAAAAGUGUUAGACCAUUUAAAGGAGAAUAUGAUGCAAUACCGAAGAAAGAUCUUGAUAUGGCUCAGUGGUAUGUGUUAAAUAAUUGUGAAGAAGCAGAGCCUUUUCUACAGGAACACAAAAAUGAGUUGUUAAACCAAGAUGUUGUGAAUAUAGAAGAGAAACAUUUUUCUUUAUGGUUCAAAGGGAAAAUUAUGCAUUUGUGUAAUAAGGAGAAUUCAAUGUCUAUCAAGAAGUUAUAUCCUUUGGCAAUGGGACCUGAUGUUCGAGGAAGGAGAUAUCCUGGUUGUAUUGUUAAUGGUGUUAGGUACCAUAUUCAAAGUCGUGAUGAAUUACGUAAAAGUCAAAAUAGUGGCAUAGUCGUUGAAGGCUAUCAUGAAAAUGAAGUGAUUGACUUUUAUGGUAUUAUAGUUGACAUUAUUGAGUUAGAGUAUAUAGAAGGCAAUCGAGUUGUUCUAUUUAAAUGCAAGUGGUUUGAUCUUCGUAAAAAACUUGGGAUGCAGAAAGAUAAAAAUUUUACCAGUAUAAAUGUAAAUAGAUUUUGGUAUGAACAUGAUUCUUUUGCAGUAGCUACUCAAGGAAAUCAAGUAUUUUAUAUUUGUGAUCUGAAAUUGGGAAAAAAUUGGCGAAUUGUGCAAAAAUUUCAAGAUAGACAUAUAUAUGAUGUGCUAGAGAUGCAAAAUUCAAAGGUGGAAAAUGAUGAAUUACACACUACUGAUGAAGUGUAUUAA